AUGGAGUUAGCAAGCGAAGGCAAUUUUCCGAGUGAGAUGAGGGCAUUGAUAAACAGGAGGUUUGCGUUUAAGAUAGCCAUAUGUUCGUUUAAUAUAAAUAAGAAAUUAGAUGGCUACUCUGUUUCGAAGUUGACCGAAAAUCCUUCUAUCAUCAAAGAUCUUGAUGCUCAUUUUGAUGUUUACCAGGCUGCUGAUGAUGAACCUUUAGGUCCUCAUGCUUCUGAUCCAACUCCAAUUGUUAACGUUAACAUCCAGGAUUCUGUUUCCCGUGUCGUUGAUGAAGAUACUCCAAUGUCCAAUUUGAACAACAGCAUAUUUACUACACCAUCUGGAGCUCAUAUUAGUUGUUCUUCAAAGAUGCUGGACAAUGAGCUGAAGCGCAAUUUGGAGGCGGUUUAUGAUGUGGAUCUUUGUUCUUCUCAGUCUUCAACUAAACCGCGUCAGGGUGAUUGUGAGAACAAUGAAGGUUUGAAGAUGAAAGCAAAGCUGGAAGAUUAGUAAUAACAUUUAUCAGUCAUUUCAGUUUUUUCGAACAA